CUUCGUAUAAAGAUAAGUUUUUAUAAAAAGUCCCCCCUGGAAGUUGCUUUACCUUAUCUGAUAAAUUAGGAGAUUAGUUGAAGAAAUUCAAUUAGAAGGUACUUAAAAAUUAAUUUUCCUUUUUAUAUAAAAGUAUUUCCACUCCAAAUUACCAUUGUUGCUUGUGUUUUUGUCCACGCCUUCAUCAUGCUGAAAUUUGUUGUUAUCGCUGUGCUCAUUGCAUGCGCCGUUGGAGCUCCAUCUCCAUCUCCAAAUCCAUCUGCAUCAAGGUGGGAUAACGGUUUCAACUCAAUCCUUGGUGGCCUAGGAUCUUCUAGGGGUCUUGGUUAUGGCAGAUAUGGCCGGUAUGGCAGAUAUGGUGGCUAUCCCUAUGGUUACAAUAGAUUCUACAGGUACCGCUCUCCAUUUAACUACGGUGGAUACGGCGGAUACGAUGGAUACGGUGGAUACGGUGGAUACGGCGGAUACGAUGGAUACGGUGGAUACGGCGGAAACGGUGGAUACGGCGGAUACGGUGGAAUAUACGAUGAUUUUAAUGGAUAUGAUGGAUAUUAUUAAUCUACUAAAAAUUUCACAAGUAAUCGCCAGCCUUCGAUGAAUAAUGCCUAAUCUACAGAGAUAAAUGCCGCCUACAAUACUAUACCCAUACCCAUACCCAUUCUAUUUUUUUUGUAAAUAAUGUAGAAUUAACAUGAAAAAUAAAUAGUUUAUUAUACGAUA